AUGUCUGAAUAUCCCCACAUUCUUCUUCGCGCUGAGGAGAAGCCUCUCGAGCACCGAUCUUUCUCCCCCGCAGUUAUCAAGACACUCGUCGAUGCUGGGUACCCCAUUUCCGUCGAGCGAUCAUCCACCGACCCCAAGUUCAGACGAAUCUUUUCGGACGAAGAAUAUGAGGCUGCUGGUGCUCGUCUUGUCGACACGGGUGCCAAAGAGAUCCCCGAAGAGGACUUUGCUCUCAAGAAUGACCACAUCACAUUUGCCCAUUGUUACAAGAAUCAAGGGGGCUGGGAGAAGGUUCUCGGUCGUUGGUCUCGAGGUGGUUCAGUCUUAUAUGACUUGGAGUUUCUUCACGAUUCUGAGGGUCGCCGUGUUUCUGCUUUCGGAUUCCACGCAGGAUUUGCGGGAGCUGCGCUCGGAAUCAAGACCCUUGCCCACCAGCUGCAGGACUCGUCCUCUAAGCUCCCUUCAGUCGAGACAUUCACAGAUGGCCGCGGAUAUUAUCUGAACGAAGAGGCGCUCGUUUCCCAGAUUCGCGAAGACCUCGCCAAGGCUGAGAAGGUUCUCGGACGUAAGCCCACUGCUCUCGUCCUUGGUGCUCUUGGACGAUGUGGUAAGGGCGCCGUGGACCUUUUCCUCAAGGCUGGCAUGCCUGAUCAAAAUAUAACUCGCUGGGACUUGAACGAGACCAAGGACCGUGAUGGCCCUUAUGAGGAGAUCGCUAAGGCUGAUGUCUUCCUCAACGCUAUCUACCUUUCCAAGCCUAUCCCUCCUUUCAUCAACCAAGAACUCCUCGCCAAGCAAGGCCGCAACCUUGCUGUUGUCAUCGAUGUUUCUUGUGACACCACAAACCCUCACAAUCCCAUCCCCAUCUACUCCAUCAACACCACCUUCGAGGACCCCACCGUCCCCGUUGAGAUCAAGGACGAUCAGAACAACCUCCCCCUGUCCGUCAUCAGCAUCGACCACCUUCCUUCCAUGCUUCCCCGCGAGGCUAGUGAGGCCUUUAGUGAGGGUCUGAAGGAGUCUCUGCUCACACUGAAGGAUCGCAAGACUUCGCGGGUGUGGGCUGAUGCUGAGAAGCUCUUCCAUGAGAAGGUUGCUCUGUUGCCUGAGGAAUUGAGAACUAAGAGCGUUUAA